AUGCGGUUCCUGGACGGAGCCGGCAGGACGAAAGGCACGCUCAAGGUGAUGAUUGCGCUGAAUCUGCAUUCGUCGCAGCAGGUGCUACCGGUGAUCACCAAUCCGAUCCUGACCUCGCUGCGAUACCUGGGGGCUGAGAACGCCGGACUGGGCGUGCAACACCACAUGCGGUGCGCCAAGGAGGAGACAAUCUGGAUGGGUGUGGACCGGAUCAAGCUGCUCUUGGAGUACCGCAACCAGGCGCUGUUGGCCUUCGACAAUGCUGACCGGGCCCUUGACGGGCUCUCCAACCUGGUCUUCAUCGACGACGUCUUCCUCUGUGCCCAGGACAUCCUUGAGCUGCUCUGGCAACGUCACUUCCAGGGGGCGGACUCGGCGUGCGGGACCGACUGGUGGGAGGCCAAGACGCUACGGGAACAGUACGGCUCGCAGACCCCUCGCCACCCGAUGACGCCCGCUUGCAUUCGGUGGUCUUCUACGACUCGCAAGACGCUGCGCCCUCGGCUGCAGAUCCUGACGGAGUACAAGGACGGCUACGCGGCAAUCUGCGGGGCCAAGGAGUCGAAGGUCUUCCAGGCCCGCUUCCACAACGUACUCCCCGUGCCCGUGUAUUUGUGCUGGAACGACAUCGUCGCCCUGGCCCCAGCGCCCUUCCGGGGCCCAAAGGGACUCACCUUCUGCGCUGCCGACCGCCUCACUAACGAGUGCUGCAAUAAAUGCCUCCUCGUCCCUAAUGUCGCCGUCACCUACACCCGCAUCAUCUACUAUGCUGACGGCGUUGUCCGCAGCUCCAAUUGCGACAACCGCCCCACGUCCCGUCGACCCUUCCAUGGGGCCCCUGAUAGCCAAUUCUUGGUCGAGAAAAUUGACUGGAGCAGCUACCCCAAGCCUGUCGAAAUUGUUGUUUGUUGGCCUGACCCAACCCCACCCACCCACCUUUCAUGUGAUGCAACCUUUUCCUCAUCCCUCUCAGUAGAACUCGAUAGACCCGACUGUGUGCAAUGGCCCUGGACUUAUGUAUAA